UAUCAGUGAUCGGAUUGUUGAGUAGAUUUUUUAAUUCAGUGGUACGGCUUUUUCCGUGCCCCGUGACUUGCACAACAUGUUUGUCAGUAUGGUAGCUAGCGCGAAGCUCGUUCGCGUGACGCAACAAGAAAGACACGCUGGUUAAAUUUAGCUCUUUGCUUGUCCAUUUUUCCGCUAAGGACGAGCUUACGUUCAGUUAGCGUAGGGACUGGUUUAAACUGGGUUGUCGUUUCGGAAUCGCACGUCGCUCAAAACUGCAGUACCUUUACGUAGUUGUAAAAUUGGUUCGGUUUUUUGAAAAGUGCGUGGUACUGUUAACUGUAUCUGUGUCAAAACAACCAUCAAUUUGUUAAGUAAAAUGGGAACUUUUCUUAGUUUAUGAACUCAUAGUUUUCCCAACAUUGUUGUAGUGCACAUGGAGUUCUUGCUGAAUAGUGGAGAGUACUGUGAAGCUCAGCACAAAUAAAGUGCACAGGAUAGCCUGCAAACUACAAACAUCUCUGCCUGCAGUGUGGUUACGUGCUCGUCAGAAGUACCAGCUGUGGCAUUGAGGCCUAGAAAGAAGUGAACUUUCUUGAAUGGGUUGAAAAACUGUAAACAUAUUUGGAAAAUUUUGCUGGAGCACUCUGGGAAAUAUAGUUGUUUUGAGAAAGUGGAAGGGGGGAAAUUGUGAAUGGCAUAGAUUAAUUUACUAGUGCUUAGCAUAAAAUUGUACGUAAAAGUUACAGAUUGCUUGAAGGGAAAUAAGAUAGUUAUCUUAAAGUAUUACCAAGAACUAUUUAGAAUUGUUAAAAUCUAUCUUUUAAUAUUUUAAAUAAUUUAUCGAAGUGAUAAUUUCUAAGUCAAUAAAACACCGUUUAUUUCCUUUAAAUUUAUUUGAAGAGUGAUAUUUAAUUGUUGGUUUGUGUAAAAAAAUAAAUCUAGGAAAAUAAUUUUACAAAAUUACUCUUGUGUUUUUUUAAAUAGAUAAUUUUAUCCAUAGGAACACGUAAUUGGUUUUAAAAAAUUGCUCAAAUAGUAUUUUAAAUCAUUAACAGGGAAUCCUUGGGCAGCUGUACAAAUUGGUUUAGUAUUAAUAAUUUUUUUACUGCAAAAUGUCUUUCGGAGGAAGCAACGUGCGUUUGAAGGACAUAAGGCCUGCACCAUGUGAAAUAGAAUUUAAGAAUACGAAGUUCCUCAUCACGGAUCGUCCGACCGACCAGAACAUCCACAACUAUAUUCAGGAAUUGAAGAAACACAAUGUUAAGGAUGUAGUGAGGGUUUGUGAGCCAAGUUACAACACAGACAAACUAAAGAAGGAAGGUAUCAACGUUUAUGAUUUGGAAUUUGAUGACGGCAGCCCUCCCCCAGAUGAGGUGAUAAAUAAGUGGUUUGAGCUUCUGAGGAAAAGGUUUCACGAAGCACCUGGUUCGUGCAUUGCUGUUCAUUGCGUUGCGGGACUCGGACGGGCUCCAGUAAUGGUUGCGUUAGCCCUCAUUGAACAAGGCAUGAAGUACGAGGAUGCUGUAGUCUUCAUUAGAGAGAAACGUCGAGGCGCCAUUAAUGCUAAACAACUGGCUUAUCUAGAAAAAUACCGUCCGAAGUCACGUCUGAAGGUCAAGAAUGGAAAAAAAAAUUCCUGUACGUUACAAUGAUGAUAUUAGUUAGGUGUUUAGUUAUUAAAGUUUUCUUUGCCUUCAAUUAUUUGUUAUUUUGAAACAAUUUUAUGUAGAGUAUGGAAGAAAGCAAUUAAAUGGCAGAAUUUAUUUGGGGGGAAUUUGUAAAAAGAUUUUAAAUUUGUGGUUCAGAUUUUCAAAAUAUGUUUUUACAAAAAAAAAAAAUUGGUUGGCUGUUUUUUUUUAUUCAUGUAUAAUUUACAUUCAUGUUUGUCAUUAGGUGGCAUGUCAUGAAUGUACUGUUGUACUUUAUUUUACAUGCAUAAGUAUGUUUAUGUUAACUUGAUGCAUUGUACAAAAUUGUUGGUUUUUAUAUUCAAGAAUAUAAACUGUUUUGAAUGUG